AAGCUGUCAUUAUGGCUUCUGAGAUGGAUUCUUCUCAGGCCUUAGAGGCCGAUACCUCUACGAAUAAACGGCCUAUUGAUAUCGAAACCAUGGGGUGCAAGAAAUUCAAGACUGAGGACCUGCCCUUUACUCCCGUGCAACAUGCAGCCAUGGAUAAACUCCGCCAUGCGUUCAAGAAGAAGGGCUAUUUCGAUCUUGUUCGCAAGCAGCUCUGGACCGGCUUCAAUGAGGGUGAACCCAGGACCAUGUUUACCAAUGAGCUGCUGGCGCUCGCCGAAUCAGAAAUUGAUCGUGAACCCGCCCUGCUUUCUCGCGAGAGAGGAAAAGCCGCGACUUUGAUCGAAGGAGCUGUUGAUCGUGGUGAUGUCUAUAAGAAUGUGGAGAACUCAAUCGACCAGCUUGCACUAAAACACGCCGACUUUAUCCUCGAAUCCCUCCGCGAAAUCCGCCGCCAAGAAGUUGGAGAUGAAGUCGCUAUGCGCGAACUCGAGGCAGGAAACAAGACCGAUGCGGAAUACGAUGCCCUUGUGAAAAUCGACCGUGAUAGGCGGGAGAAAAUAUGGCAGGAAGAAAAGCGCAAAGAAAUGGAGCUCGAGGAAGAGCAGCAAAGGAUCAAGGAUGAAGAGCUCCGCAAGAAGCGCGAACUUGACCGACAGAAGGAAGAAGAAGACAGGGCUCGAAGAAAGGAAAUCGAUGAACAGAGACGAGCUGACCGUGAACGCCUGCGAGAGGAACAACGAACGCUCGAUGACCAGCGAGAAAGAGAACGACAAGAAAGAUACGAGCGGCGGAGGCGAGAAGACCGAGAUAGGGACCGCUACUGGGACCGUGAUCGCAGUCGCACCCGCGACAGGGAACGUUUCCGUGAUCGUUCUCCUGACUGUCGCCCGGAUCGCGGCAUAUCUCCUCGGCCCCGGGACGUGAAACGAGAGAAGUCCAUCGCUUCAAAGGACCCGACUCCAGCCCCAGUGGACGAAAAGUCAUUGGAGGAGGCUGCUCUGCAAAUGCUCCUGAAAGAAGGCGAAGAACUCGCGGCCAAGGCUCGAAUGAAGCCAGAGUUUGAUUUCGAAGAGGCUGAAGCCAUUGAAAAUGGCUUGAAACCGGCGUCAGCAGCGGCCAAGAGUGCCAAUGACAAGUACUCCAAUACCUCAACCAGAGCGGCCAGCCCAUCCCGCCAUUCCGAAGCAAGGCGCGGCUCAAUUACAGAUCGCCGGGAGCCGUCUCGGCAUCUGAUGCGUGAUCGAAGCCGUAGUCGCUCGCGCCGACGACGCACAUCUCUGUUUGACCGCCGUGACCGGUCCCGAGACUCUGUGAGAUCCCGUGACCGUGACAUGGAUUCGCGCCGUGGUUACCGUGACUUCCGAGAUAAUCGGCCCGAUGAUAGAAGCUACAGACCGAAUCGUCGGAGCCGUAGCCGUUCCGUGGUCCGGCGUGAUCGAGCACAGUCUAAAGACCGUGACCGGGAUUUUGACCGACGCCCUGACCGUAGCCGCGAGCGAGAACGAGAAUAUGAAACGUACCGUCCCAGGCGACGAAGCCGACCUUCUCGUUCACCUGUUCGUCGAGGUUCGCGCAGCCGUCGCUCGCGAAGCCGUUCUCGGUCUCGCCCUCGAAUCCGGGCCCGAGACCGUUCUCGAUCCCGUUCUAGGUCCGUCCGACGGCGUUCGCGUUCUCGGCGUCGCUCUCCUUCCCCCACUCUGGAUAUCGACCGCUACGUGCCUUCCACGAGCAACCGAAGCAAGUCACCUAGGCGCCGGGUCCGGACCCCAGAGAGAGAACGAGAGCGAGAUCAGCGACCACGAAUGGGUGAUAUUGACCGUUACAUGCCGCCCUCUGAACGAGAUGAUGAUGCGGCUCCCAUAAAGGAGGAAGACGUUGAGGCUGUCGCAGAAAAGGAGAUAAAGAAGGAACCAGAAGAUGAAAAGGAAAAGGAAAAGGAAAAGCCAAAGCCAAAGCAAAAGGAAAAGGACACAGAAGAU